CGCAGUUCGACGGUAUAAUGAAUGCGGUUCAAGUCCUGCAGCAUCGCGCGAGGCUGUUCCACGAUUUGGAACGCCGUUUCAACGAGACGAAUUCCCGACGGGAGGAGCCUCGCGUUUCGCAAGAACUACUCGAAGCGACCGCCCGGCGUUCUCGCAAUCUAAGAGAAGCCGUCGAAAGACUGGGCCAGAUACCGGCUCAUCUGCAACAAGUUCGAGCCCAGUUCCGGCAACUGCGUGACAGCUCCGAAGGUGCCCCUGACCUAACGAGCACUGCCACGAACCUACGCACUUGGUUCGCGAGUCUAGGACUCAACGCCAUAACAUUCGCGCCCGAAUCAACGGCACAAACCGCCGCCGCCGUAGAUGACGAUGAAGAUGACGAAUUCGACAACAUCCUCGCCCAUUUUCGUACUUUGCGAAGCACCUUCUUCGCCCUCGCAGCCGGAAACCUCGAAUUCACGCACAUCGUCGCGUCUCGCGAGCGCUUCCAACGUGUUAGAGCGAUCUACGAAAGGAUGGAAUCCAUUAUGCUUCGCGUUGCGCGGUGGCUCCGGGGAGAUACACGGCCCUCACUGUUUGUGAGUACAUCCGCUCAAGCACUACGGCGUGUUACCGAAUUGUCUACCGCGCAGACGGUGCGGCUGUGGGUCGAGAUCGACUACCUGCUGCGCUGGGCUCGACCGGACGUUGUCGACAUUGAGGGUCUCGAGAUUCCGGUGCACUGGCAGCAAGAUCGUACCAGGUUUGGUGCUGUCAUGGUUCCUCGCGGGUGGGAUCGACUGGCGAGAUGGGCGGAGGAGUUCGGGGCGAGGUUGGAUAAGAUGGAGGGGUGUUUUGCGCAUGGGACUGGGAAUGAGGCUGAAGAGUUGGGCUAUGAUACCGCGGACGAGGAUGGAGGUUCCACCGACGAUUUCGUUCAUGGCGUACUUGCGCCUAUCGUUGUCGAUGCCGAUGGUGCUGAUUUUGAGGAUGGGUAUGAUAGCGAAAUGCAUCCUUCAUCACCGCGUCCUCCGUCCGUGGCGUCCACCAACGCCGAAGAGAGGGAUGAACGGGAGCUUCAAGAAAUGGUACAACGAGGUCGGCGGCUCUUCCACCACAGACACCACCCACCGGCCGCCGACGCCCCAUUCGAGAUAUGGCGAUCCCGGCACAAUCUAGCUCACUUCCAGCUCGAAUCUUUAUACAACCAAGCCGAAGCGCACCUAACCCAUCUGGACGCCGACCUAGACCCCUUACUCGAUUGGUACCACCGAACAUGGACGCACGAAGAAGAACAACUCACGGCAGAAGAGGGCGAGGACGAAGCGCUUUUCGCACCUGGACUGCGGCUGCGCUUCCGCGUCGCGAUGGAGCAUGAGUUUGGCGAGAAUGAACGUCCCGAGGGCGAUUGGUAUCUUCAACCUGUUAUCGACCUUGUGCAGAGGAGGGAGCGCGAGAUGAGCGAUAUGGAAACCGAAGUCGGUCUGCGCAGGGCGUUUGAGGAGUUUCGCUGGCUGUGGGCUGAGUGGGUCGAUGGGCAUCGCCGCUUCAUGCAUAUGGAAGAUGGCCUUGUCGCUGCGGAGGGAAUGGGACGGCAGAGGGUGAGGCUGGGGAGACUGGUGGAUGCUAUCGAUCGAGCAGGUGCGGCCUUGUUGGGGUAUAUCAGCGAGGUGGCGCGGUUCCGAGGGGAUGACGGAGAUGAGCAUGAAGAUGCUCUGAUGGAGCGCAGAGUGAACGUCGCGCGCGACAUCUACACCCGGAUCAAUAGGACGACUUCUGGUGAUACGGAAGAGGGAAACUGGGACUGGACGCGCUGGUUUUCCUGGCUGGAUAGAACGGGAUUGAUGACGGCCGUGCGGGAUUGGCCGGGUCGGAUGCGGUAUGAAUUGGAGUUCAUGGCGCGGGAAUUCGGCCAGAGGUUUUAUAGUCCGAUUGAUUCGGACGGUUCUGCCCACGGCGACUUCGACGAAGAUGACUUGCCGGAGUGGAAUCCCUCUCUGACCGACUUUGCACCUCACCCCCGGCAAAGACAAGAUGAAGCUAGUCCCGUUGUCGGCGACUUCGACGAGAAUAACGUCCCGGGGUGGAACCCGUCUCUGAUUGAGUUCGGCACUGGCGAGCACCUACAUGGCAACCGUCAAUCCCAAACUCCCCCUCCCGCAAUAUCUGCACCAGACAGGCGGAGCUGGUCGACUAGGGAAGGCUCUCCGGGCAGUAGACACAGGGCAAACAAGAGCCCAGAACAGCCUUCUAGCGGCAAGCGCAAAGCUCGUGAUACCCCGGAGAGCAUGGAGGAAUCGGCGCCCAAGCGUAGGAGAAUGGCAAACCGGAUUCCAGACUCUACGGAUCGGGAGCGAGGGUGUGUGCUUAGGGCAGUAGAAGUAAGGAUUCCUGAUUACCGCCCUGAUCGUAAUGCCCAGGCCGAAAUAUCGUCGCGCUCGUACUUCGAUUCAUCGUCGGGAGGAUCAGACAAUGGCGAAGGCUGUGAGGGAUCAGGAGCUGGUGGUUUAGCUUAUCUACCUCCUGCUUCCGAGUCAACCCCGACGAACCCUUCUCUGCAGCCUGACUCCCGCCGCCGACGCCGUCGUAGAUUGAGUUGGGGGAGUCGAAGUUAUCCGGGGAGACUGAGGGGAGAACUUGAGGGUUGGGAGAUGCCGGAGACGCGGAGUUGGGGGGUGGGAUAGAAUGAAAAAGGAAUCGAAUAUGUAGGUGUAGGAGCGCCCGAACGGGCGCGGGCUCUUUCGUGUUCGUUGAGUGUUUUUCUGAGAUACCUGUUGCGUGCUUGUAAAUUUGUAAAGUUAGGGAAUGGAUAGAGGAUCUACCGUUGUUGGAUUAGUA